CGGCUACUAACCAGGAAGUGGCUAGUAAAGCUAGCAACGGAUAAUGAGCAGCUGAAACCGUGGUAUUUUUGACAGCUUCAGCAGGGCAGGAUGGGCAGGCAGAGGAAGAGGGUGGUGACCGGUGAAGCUGCUCCCCUUCCAAGGAAAGACGAGAAGCCCCCUGCAUUCCACCGCAAAGAGAAGAAAAAGAAGGUCGACAUUGGCAAAGUCUUCAUCAACAUCUCCAUUGGCCUCUGCAUAUUCAGCUUGAUCUGGUUCUUUUAUGCCCUCUACAUGCGCUCCAGCCUGGCCAAACGGGUGGUGACCCUGCACCCGUCACCUCCUGUCCUGGAUGCCAAUAGCAGCAGUGCCAAGGUUUCCUCUGAGAGGUUCUGGGGCUCGUACAGGCCUCAGGUCUACUUUGGCAUGAAAACCAGGAGUCCCAGGUCGAUGGUGACAGGCAUGAUGUGGAUGCGUCAGUUUACGGACAUGGAUAUAAACCUGAGGCAUACAUGUGAGCAAGGGGAUCGUUUGCACGGCUACGGCUGGCUGAUGCAUGAUGGGAUCACCUUUGGCGUGCAGGAAAUCCGAGACAAUGAUUUCACGCUAACCACAGAGUUUGUCAAGAGGAUGGGAGGGGAUCACGGAGGAGACUGGACCUGGAGGAUCACCGCUAAACAGCAUAGCUCGGCCCCCCAAGCGCCAGUCAUCUCCCUGAUGUUAUACGCUGCAGCAGACACCCAGGGCUCACUGGAGGCCCACAUCGAAGAUAGAAACCGCCUGGCAUCCAUCACUGGUUUCUCAGAUGAGCUCGGCAACUUUAAGAUCACCUUUCGAAAGCCAGUCACCGGCGAAUUGUCCAGUGCUAAAUAUGCAAGCUACAACUUUCUUCAGACCGUCUCUCCCGGCUUGGAGAAGCUCACUGACAUUGUGAAGCAAAGUCUGAAUCGCAGGUUUGUCUACAGCCCUCCCUCUGGUGAGAAGAGGCAUUACAUAGCUGUAGACACCUACAAGCCCCCCCACCACCAAAACCAACAGAAACCCGCCGACACGAGGAAAGAGAGUGACUUCGUGGUUCACCAGGUGACCGUCCAGAUGCCGUUCCAGAUCGAAGUUCUGUUCGAGUCCGGGAGCUUCCACAACCGUCCCAACCAACUCGUGGGCUCGAUCAUGACUCAGGAGCUCGAGAAGAGGAAAGCUGAGUUUGACUCAAAGUUUGAGAAGACUUUUGGGCUCGAGAGCAAAGGUUUUACCAAGGCACAAAUUAAAUUUGGCCAGGCAGCUCUCAGCAACAUGUUGGGUGGAAUGGGCUACUUCUAUGGACAGUCGGUGGUGCAGUCGGUCUACAAUGAAUACCCACUCCUGUACCCUGAAGGAGCUUUAUUCACUGCCGUCCCAUCACGCUCUUUCUUCCCCAGAGGGUUCCUUUGGGAUGAGGGAUUUCACCAGCUGCUGCUGAGCAAGUGGGAUCCCCAGGUGACAAGGGAGGCCAUUGCCCACUGGAUAGACCUGAUGAAUGUGGAGGGCUGGAUUCCCCGGGAACAGAUCCUGGGAGACGAGGCUCGCAGUAAAGUCCCAGCCGAGUUUGUAGUUCAGCGUAACGAGAAUGCCAACCCACCUACCCUCUUCUUAGCUCUUCAGGAACUUAUUGAACAACUCACUUCAAGUCCAGAGAACCCAGCAUCUCAGCCAACCUUGCCUUUCCUCCGACGACUCUUCCCUAGACUGAAAACCUGGUUUGAAUGGUACAACACCACACAGACAGGGCCCCUGCCAAACUCUUACCGCUGGCGUGGGCGUGACAAAGACACCAACCUUUUCCUCAACCCCAAGACCUUGACUUCUGGGCUGGAUGACUACCCUCGGGCCUCACACCCAUCAGCAGAUGAACGGCACGUGGAUUUACACUGCUGGAUGGCCUUGUCCUCAGGCAUCAUGGCAAGCAUCGCCCGGCUUCUAGAUGAGCCCCACCAGGACUAUGAACUCACCCACCGGGUGCUCAGUGACAACAACCUGCUGAACGAGCACCACUGGUCAGAUCAACUUCGUGCUUUCAGUGACUUCGGCAACCACACUCAGUCUGUAUCCUUGCAGCAGGAGAAAGUGUACGUGCCUCCUGGACAACCUCGUCAUCAGUUCCCCGUGGCACGCCUCGUGCGCUCAGUCCGCCGGGCCCCCAAGCUGCAGUAUGUUAACGCUUUGGGUUAUGUUAGCUUGUUCCCUUUCUUACUGCAAAUUCUUACACCGGACUCACCCAAACUAGAACAUAUCCUCCGUGACAUGAGAGACUCCAAUAAGCUGUGGACACCCUACGGCCUGCGUUCAAUCUCCAAGUCUGAUCCAAUGUAUAUGAAACGAAACACAGAACACGAUGCCCCCUACUGGAGGGGACCUGUAUGGAUUAAUAUCAACUACUUGGCAGUCAGAGCCCUGCACCAUUACAGCAACACAGAAGGGCCAUACCAAGAGAAGGCAACUGCUCUUUAUGAGGAACUCAGGACUAACAUCAUCGAUAAUGUUUAUAGACAGUAUGUUGAAACAGGGUAUAUCUGGGAACAGUACAACGACAGCACCGGCAGGGGCCAAGGAAGCCACCCCUUCACUGGCUGGUCAGCCCUGACAGUAUUAAUGAUGGCUGAACAGUAGUGAUACUGUAGAUUUCACCUCAUGUUUUAUAGACAAGAUUUCGGCCUUCAUUCAUCUGGAUGUGAUUGAAACACACGACACGGUUAGGUGUUAAGAUACAGUAAUAGGACUCGUCUGGUUGAUUAAACUCGACAAACUGUAAUUACCAGAUCCAGCUGAAGAACAGGCAUUUAUGAUCACAUUUCCACAUUUAACCUUUAAUUAAAAUAACAGGUGUCACACAGGUAUUCUCUGAAGGGCAAUUUCAAACAAGCAUAAGUGCAGCUACCCUGUCUUUGCUGUAUGUGGAGCCGAGCACUGUCUAGUGCUUCAGUCAUAUACUUAAGAUGCAUUCAGGAAACACUUAACAAACUCAUAUCCCUCACAGCUUCAGACACACACAACGUCAUCGCUUCACAUUGCGACAUUUUAAUAUGGGAAUUCAAGACACGUGAUUACAGUAUUUUUAGUAUUUAAUAUGUAGGAAACUGCUGGUCCACAUCUCUGAGGGAGAGUUCAUGCUUACACACUGUAAGGUAUGUGUGAUAUAUGAACAACUCUUCAGAUUUGUUUCUAUCUGGGAAAAUAAGUGCUUAAAUGAGCAAGUUUUGCAUUCUUACUUACCUAAUGAAGGCCAUUCUCCGUUUUUGUGCCAUUUCUCUUUCAGCAUAUGUCCUCAGUUCUCUGUCUUUAUGAUUGCUCAUUUUGAUAUUUAAUUGUUUGGUCACAGUCUUAAAAAAAUCUAUACAGUCUUGUUCAACAUUUCUAAAAUCACUGCUUUUAAAAGCAGACAUAUUUUGUAUACAGCCUGUGGUUCGACUGGCAGGGAAUACAACAGUGACUGUGACGUUUUGUUUUGUUAAAAACAAU